AUGUCAUACACACUAGCAAGAUUAGCAAAGCAAGCCUCUCAUCAAUGGACACAUGAUGCACCUCGCGCUACAUGUUGGUCUGCCAAGCGGUUCUAUAAGUUGAGUGUAGGCUCCAUCAAGAAGGGCCAGAUUGUUCAAUUCAAGGACAAGCCAUGGAGAGUGUUGACCAGAGACCAUGUGUCUACUGGAAGAGGUGGUGCUGUGGUCAAGAUGGAAUUGCAGGACAUCUUGUCGCCUGCCAAGAUCAAUGAACGUUUCAAGUCUGGAGAUUCGUUGGAAAUCUUGAAUUUAGCUGAUGAGGCCUAUCAAUACUUGUACUCUGAAGGUGAUCAAAUUCAUUUAUUAAACUUGGAGACAUUCGAGGAAAUCGAAAUGACAGCUUCUAAAUGCGAGGGUGGCGACAGAUCUGUUGCUAUGCUGGAAGACUCUAUGCCUAUCGCCGUCAGUUUCUUGACUACACCAGAACAGGGCAGACAACCCUGUACAUUCAAACUACCAUCCAACUACACUUACACAGUGCAAUCCGUUGUAGAUCGUGCUGGUCAAGCUGCAAAGGGCACUGUUUACAAAACUGCUAAUUUAACCAACGGCGCUAAAUUACAGGUGCCUGAAUUUGUGAAUGAAGGUGAUAAGAUUGUUGUAGAUAUCGAGACUAUGAAGUAUGUCAAGCGAGAGUUGUAG